UCAGACAUCAUUCAUUAUUCAUCGCGUCCGCGACGAACACAGUGCGCUAAUAUAGAUGUGUGUUUCUUGCGGAUUGAUAGCAGUACAUCUUCGAGAUGUUCGCGGGGCUUCCGUGGAUCGUUGCGACAAUAAUCACGCUUUUUAGCGUUUGCACCUAUGCUCAAGAGCCAGCUGAGUCUAAUCAACAACUUGUGUCACAAGUCUGCUUAGACUGCAUGUGCGAAAUUGCUUCGGGAUGUAACACCACCAUUGGUUGCACUGAUAGACUUUGCGGACCUUUCCUUAUAACAUGGGGCUACUGGCGGGAUGCUGGCAAACCAACUCUAAACAACGAGCCGAACAAUAUCGAUGGUGCUUAUCGCCGAUGUGUCAACGAUCUUAAUUGCGCUACUCGUACGAUACAGGGCUACAUGACCAAAUUCAAUCAGGACUGCACUGGAGACGGAGAGAUCGAUUGUGAUGAUUAUGUGCGUAUUCAUCGAUUGGGCGGACACGGCUGCACCGGCUUGCUAGACAGGAAAUACGAAAAUAAAUACAGAUUUUGUUUACAAACUCAUGAAUAAUGUAUGCAUAUACAUACUGGAACUUCCAUUCAAUCCAUUAAUUAUUAUGUUUAUAUAAAUAUUAUUACAUAUAUAUAAUAUAUAUAAUGUAUAUAUGAUAUACACGAAUAACAGAUCUAUCUUUAUCAAAUGUUUUGAAUCGUUAAUUCUUAUUGCACUACAAGAUCUGACAUACAAUUAAAACCUGAUUAAAAUCUUAUAUAUAACCAGAAAAAUGUACAAUUAUACAUAAAAUCAUGACAUAUAUAAAAUGUAAAUACAUUUAUAUAAAAUUA